ACACCUGGUGCCUUUAUAUAAAGCUUACUCUCUCCUCUGGGUUUAUCAUAUCUGAUUAUCUCUAGCUACGUUCUCCAUGGCCGGGAAGAAGAUUAUCACUGUCUUUGGAGCCACAGGAGCUCAGGGCGGAUCAGUAGCCGAGGCUCUAUUGCAUGAUGGGCACUUUGCGGUCAGGGCGGUGACUCGGGACACCAGCAAACCAGCAGCUGACAAGCUGAAACAGGCCGGAGCGGAGGUCGUGUGCGCGGAUCUGGACAACAAGGAAAGCCUGGCGGCCGCACUGAAGGGCGCCUAUGGUGUUUUCUUGGUCACCGAUUCCUGGGGCCAUUCCGAUAAGGGCAAGGAACUCACCCAGGGGAAAUUGGUGGCGGAUUUGUGUAAGCACCUGCACGUGGAGCAUGUGGUCUACAGUGGCUUGGAGAACGUGAAGAAGGCCACUGGAGGGCAUCUCUCCGUUCCGCACUUUGACUUUAAAGGCGAGGUGGAGGAGUACUUUAAGCACUUGGAGUGCCACAUCACCAGCGUCAGGCUUGCCUUCUACUACGAGAACCUGCUGGAUACGUUCAAGCCACAAAAGUGCAAGGAUGAGGCGUGCUACUCAAUAUGCCUGCCAGUGGGCGAUGUACCCCUGGAUGGGAUAUCUGUGGCAGAUCUGGGUCCUGCCGUUGUCACCAUCCUAAAACAUCCGUCACACUACAAAGGGAAGACCAUUGGGCUCAGCGCAGAGAAGCUGACGGCGGAGCAGUAUGCCGCAAUAAUGUCCAAAGUCACCGGGAAGACCAUUAAAGACGCCAAGAUUCAUCCUGACGAGUUUGAGAAACGCGACUUCCCAGAAGCGAAGGGGAUGGCCAAUAUGUUCCGAUUCUACAUGACAAAACCCGACCGGGAUGUGGAGAUGACCCACAAACUCAACCCCAAAGUCAAGAAGUUCCAACAGUGGAUGGAGGUUAACAAGGACAAAUUUAAAGACCUGUGACCGGAAGACAUCUUUCUGUAGUGUUACAUGUCAUAUCAAAUGUAUACUCUAAGUACCAAAUGUUUUUUUUUUGAUAAGUGGUUUUUGCUACUAAAUUGAAAAUUACGUCUUUUUACCAUGUGUUCUUUGUGUUAGAAAUGCAAGUGGGCACCACUCAUCCUUGUGGCCCAAUGUGGGUUCUUUUGUAACUUUAAUGUACAGUCCGAGCUGGACAGCAAUAAUGAUUUGCAUUUAAUAUAGUCUUUGGUACCUAAA